UGUUCCCAGCUCCGAACACUUGACAACUCGUGCGCUCUCUCCUUUCAAGGGUAGCAAUGGCAGUAGCCAAAAGCAUGAACUUUGCUUCCAGAAGGAAUCAGCUGUUGAGCUGAACAAAUCAUGAUCCAGUAUGCGGGGGAGCAGGAGGGAGGGGAGUGAGAGCCAAGCCUGACACAGGCCAGAGCAUGGGGGAGGUACUCAGAAAGGCCUCCAAAGCAGGAUGGAAAAGACAGUAAUUACAUAACAGCACUUGGCGAGCAUCUGGCUAUAGUCAGCUGGGCCCCGCAAGCCCUCCCUCCCCGUGGUGCUAACAAGGAGCAGCUGAGGAUACGUGUAACUCAGCGCAGGACCCCUCCGGAGGGGUGCGGAGGUCACCAUGGAAAUAAUUUGCCUGCACACAUCCCUGGCCUUCCUUGUCCUCCCUCUUAUUGUGCUUGGGGCACCCACUGAUGAGCCCAACCUCACAGAACCAAAUCCAGGUGCUUGCAAGCGCUGUUGUGAUCCACUGGAAUCCCCUGCAGAAGCCCCACCACUCUCUCCUAGUCACCACCACUUGCCCUACCCAAUGCCAGAAGUCCGUCCAUAUAUCAACAUCACCAUCCUGAAGGGAGACAAAGGAGACCGGGGAGAGCCUGGGCUGCCAGGAAAAUGGGGCAAAGAAGGGCCACGAGGUGAGCGGGGUGCCCAAGGACAGAAAGGCAGUAAAGGACAGAUGGGAACAGCAGGGGACCCCUGCAAGCAUCAGUAUGCUGCAUUCUCCGUGGGUCGCAAGAAAGCGCUGCAUAGCAGUGAGGGCUACCAGGUCUUGAUCUUUGACACAGUCUUCGUCAACCUCUACAGCCACUUUGACAUGUUCAAUGGCAAGUUCUACUGCUAUGUAGGAGGAUUUUACUACUUCAGCCUCAAUGUCCACACCUGGAACUUCAAGGAGACCUAUAUGCACAUCAUGCACAAUGAAGAAGAGGCAGUCAUCUUGUAUGCCCAGCCCAGUGAUCGCAGCAUCAUGCAGAGCCAGAGUCUCAUGCUGGAGCUGCAGGAAAACGAUGAGGUCUGGGUGCGGCUCUACAAGCGGGAGCGGGAAAACGCCAUUUACAGUGAUGAUGUUGAUGUGUACAUCACCUUCAGCGGGUACCUGAUCAAACCCAGCCUUGACUAAUUCCCCUUUGCUGCCGCCUGGGCCUCUUUGGGCUUUUUCUUCUUCCUCUCACUCUCUCUUUACUGCCCACAGUCACUGCAAAUCACUUGGAAAUGGGCCUGUCAAGCCUCAGGCAUCGAGCAUGAGACUUGCCACAUUGACUACCACCUCAUGCUCCCUUCUCUCUUGCAGCCAGGCCUGUAUCUG